AUGCAAACCGCCAAAGACGCCGUUAACUACGUUUCCGACAAAGCCUCUGAGCUAACUAACGCCACUUCCAAGGAGGCCAACAAGACUGUUGCCAAGGACUCCGACGCCAGCAUUAGCACUCGAGCAACCGCCGCCAAGGACGCUAUCGGUGACAAAGUCGGCGAAAUGACUGACAGCGCUUCUGCCGAAGUUAACAAGCAAAAGGCCAAGAACUAG